GACCAAGAUGCUCCUGGCAGGCGCCAGCGGAGAGCCGGCCGGGCGCGGAAGGGGCGAUGGCGGCGGGCGGCGGCUCGGUGUCGGCGAGGAGCCUGGCCCGCUCGGUGGCCCAUCGGCUGAAGUAUUACGUUGACGUACAAAGAAAAGAAAAUUGCUUCGAUUCCUCUGGGUUAAUCAGAGAUGAAAUGGAAAGCUGCGACUGGAAUACGUCUCCCCUGCGUCUGAUCGAGUGGGAGCACGGCAGGCCGUUGGAGCACGAUUUUGCCAAGAUUAAACUGGAGGCGUCCCUACGCAUGUACGUGGGCAGUACUGAGGAGUGUCACCAAAAAGUGAGGAAGAGCCCAGAAAAGCAAAAGGAUGUGGAAAAAUUCAUAAAAGAGAUGGCACGGCAGGAUUACAUACCCGACUUAAAAAACGACGGCAGAGCGAAGAGGACUCAAAGGCAAAGUUAUUGGCAGCGCACCCCCUCCAGUCUACACAGAGCUGCUAUUCCGACCAUGUCUGCAGAAGAAGUGCGGAGACUCAUUUCUUCGUCUUCCAAGUUCGUCGUGGCUGCUACUUCUGAAGUCUUUCCGAAAGUGUUAGGAACCACUCAAGGAGCUGAUUCAACUCCGAAGAGAAGAGCGGCUAGAACUGUUCCGAGUUUGGAUCAUGCCGGGGAACGGACUCUUUCUUCUACACGGUUCCACAAAGACGAGGCAGAGAGCUGCAUACAGGAGCGUAAUGAAGAAUUCCACACUGAACUCGAUCAGAAGGCUUCAGAAAAGAAUGGUGGUAAAAAACCGAAGACCACUAAGAAAAGAAAGAAGGUGAAAUGCAGAGAGAGACCAGUUGAAAUGUCCUCUGACGUUUCUCGUCACUCUUAUAAAUCUAACAGGGUACUCUCUGCAAUGCUUCCUAAAUCAAACAAUUCAUGCUCGCUGGGGACAAGUUUCCCAAGUCCUUAUUCCCCACCUGGACAAAACAAAGUGUUUAGGAAAGGCAUUCUCAAGAAUGGAACAUCUCUCUCCUGUACCCCUUUGGAGUUAUCUGAAUCCCAAAACAUAGAGGCAAACUCUCAUUCGAAAGGCCACCUUCAGCCCCUUGCUGGACAUUCUUACAGGCUGGUUGAAAUCAAAAGGAAAAAGUCAUCUUGCACUCCCAUUGGGGUGGCUUCAAAAACUAGGCUUUCUGGAUCUAGCAGACCUCUGGCUAGACAGCCAAGCCUGACCUCCAGACACACUCCAGAGGUAACAGGAAGCAGCAUGGAAGUAUGUCCUGUGAAACCGACAGAUGAAGAGCUGCAUGCCCAAAGUUCAGCUGUCAGUGAAAAGACAGGAGCGACAGACAAGUCCAAGGUGGCUUCCGAGGGCGCUAUACCGAACGGGCAAGGUAAGAAAAUGCAAGACCAACGUAACUGGGAACGUCAGUUUUCGAGGAAGUCUGAAGAGACCAAAAGAGGGCACCAGUCUGCAUCAGAGAGGAACUCUGAGAGUCAUCAAGUCCGUUUCCAAACGCCCCAGCAAUGGUACUGUGCUAUGCAUGCUGAGCAGAAACAUAAUUCAGACAGCUGCAGCCCGGAUAACUUAAGGCAAACUGAAAACACAACUCUGGCCACAACCUCUGUCGAGGAAUCCGGCGAGAUUCUGGCCGGUCUUCAAGAAGAUCAUGACAAAGAGCAUCCCCUGACAGUCGCACGUGGACCAUCUUUGGGGUACCACGUUUGCCAGGGAGAAGAUCAAAACAUGCCAGUUGGUUUGACCACGAACGAGUCCACGAAGGCAGAUGCCAAUGUGGGAAAUCACGACAAAGACCAUUCAGGAAAGCUUUUAAACCAGAUAUUAUCUUUUCACGGAGGAGAUGCCAAGGCUGUCGAUGAGCCUACCGGUCAGUGGCAGAUAAAUGACCUUAUUUUUGGAGACUCGUGGGACCAGCAAGUGACGUACAUCCCACCAGCACUUCUGGGGGCUGGCGAAAUCUCUGAAGAGGAAGACGGCUCUUCAGCACCUCCACAGGUGAAGAGAUGUGUUCCAAGAAGUUUGGGAGAUGAAACUUCGGAUGAGGAAUUUACCAUUUCUUCUGCCUCUAGAUGUUCGAGUGCCAAAUCAUUAGCCAGCCAAGAGAGGAGAAAUACAAAUGCAGAGCAGAAGGAAGAGGAAGCAAACGCUGGUUCAAGUGUUCAAAUGUGUGUUCCGAAUGUGACAAAGGAAAGCACUGUCCAACGAGGGAUGUUUGAGGAACACAGUGAAAAGCUAAGCAAAGUCGGCAACUGAAAAGCUCAUUCUCCUCCCCAGCGCUGUCCGUAACCUCUGACUGUGUUGCCGCUUUUCCUACAGGUCUUCUGCCGAAGAGAAGGGAACCAACAAGGAUCGUGGACCUGAGUAUUUGAGUGCCGCGCGAGUGGUUUAUUUUUCUCACCUCCCCAUGUCAGUGUAGCUCACCUUCCCAAUGCAGGAAUCAUUUAGGGCAGAGGUGUCAAACUCGCGGCCCUCCAGAUGUUAUGGACUACAGUUCCCAUCAUCCUCUGCCAGCAUGAUGCUGGCAGGGGAUGAUGGGAACUGUGGUCCAUAACAUCUGGAGGGCCGCGAGUUUGACACCUGUGAUUUAGGGGCUUUGCUUCCAGCCACAUACACAGCAGUUUGCCUCUUUCUUAACUACUUGUUGCAUUGAGAGCUUCAAACAGCAGCCCUCUUGUUCUUCAUUCAGCUGGCGUUUAGCAUGAUGCUAAAAAGGUUAUGGUCAGGAUCACACAGGUGCCUCUGAGACCCACCAGGCUCUUGUUCAAAUCCCAAGGUGGAGCUUAGUCCCCACAGAGACUUUGGAAAAAGUUUCAAAACUAUCCAGCAUUAUUAGUUUCAUCAUGUUUAUGGGAAUUCAAAAUAUCAAGCUCUCGAGCGGGGGUGUCCAACUCUGGCCCUCCAGAUGUUCAUGGACUACGAUUCCCACCAGCCCUGACAGGGGCUGCUGGGAAUCGUAGUCUGUGAACAUCUGGAGGGCCAGAGUUGGACACCCCUGCUCUAGAACUUCAAAUAUGUUUUUCUCUGUCACUUACAACACACUCCAGUGUAAUCUACUCAGUGCCAACAGCAAUGGGAUGCCUGUGACAUUUUGACUCUAGCAAGUGUCUGCGGAGUAUGGCAUAUUUCAUCCGAUGCCAAACAGAUCCGACGCCAAACAGUAUUAGGCACAAAUGCCCAAAGCUGCCGUAUCCGAACUCAGACUAGGGGUCCGUCAACGUCAGCACUGUCUAUUCAGACCCACAGCGGCUCUUUGGGGUCUUGUGUAGAAGGGUUUGUAUUUAUACUCCGCCUUUCUCUCUGGUAAGGAGACUCAAAGGGGCUUACAAACUCCUUUCCCUUCCUCUCCCCACAGCGGAUCCCUUCUGAGGCAGGUGGGGCUGAGAGAGCUCAAAGAGAACCGUGACUGGAUGGGAGAUUUCCAAGGAAUAUUGGGGUUGUGACUUGGAGCCAGGCAGUGGCAAACCACCAAAUGCAUAUUGCCUUGGAAACCCCACAGGGUUGCUGUAAGUCAGAUGUGACUUAACAGAAAAAGCUUUUGGAGGCCGAUAGGAAAGUUUCAAAAUCUGAUGAACCACUUUAAUAAGACUCACUGGGGGGGAGAAGUCGACCAACUCCUUUUCAAUACACAUACAAGUCAUCCUGGCUUGAAAAGUCCAAUACACAUACAAGUCAUCCUGGCAUCCUAAUCUGGAGAACCGGGCUUGAUUCCCCGAUCUGCCACUUGAGCUGGGGAGGCUUAUCUGGUGAACCAGAUUAGCUUGUGCACUCCAACACAUGCCAGAUGGGUGACCUUGGGCUAGUCA